GCUUCGCUCGUCAUAGUUGAGGACCGAGCAAGAAGCUCGACGCCCCGGAGACGAUGCUCGCUACAAGCCCCCGGCUGCUUACAUGCGCGAAUCUGCUCUUUAAGUGUCACACGAAACACUUUGGUGAUGUUUUGCAUGGCUCCCUGGCAGGCAUUCGGCACAGGACUCCAUAUUAUUAGAUUUGCAGGCACGCCACGGCGGCGGCGGCGGCGGCGUACGUAACGUCGACUGGGAGGUGACAAGAAGUUGAAGUCGCCCUGCAGCAGCAAGUUUAUUUUCACUUUUAAAGGUUUUUACUCGGACAGUACACGUACGACAAUGAUUACUGGAUGCGUAUUUUGUACAUCCACCUUUGAAAAAAAAAAUAUAUUUAUAACGUGUAAUAAUAGUGGUUUAGUGUGUGUAGUAAGGUAGUUUAUAUACCUAAGUGGAUUGUGUACGUUAACAAAUUUCAUUGACAUUGAAGAUUAGAAUCUCCAUUCAGAUGUAGUGCAAUUGUAGAUGUUAUAAUUUGCCAGUUGGCAUUGGUUUGGCUUACAUAGACGCUGUUAAAAAGGCUCACUUGUAUUUUAGUCAAUGUAAAUCUAAAAGCAGGUGUAUCCAGUUUUAAAAAUUGACACCCUCAUUAAAUACAUUUAAUAUUGGAACGUAAUGCUCGAUGAAGAAGCUUUAAUUAGUCCUUUAGCGUACCCUAGUGGCCGUCCCGGAAUUGGGUUUGUUAUCAAGGACUGCAAAACUCUUGAAUUAGGCUAAUUCACGCUUUAAGUAUUGAAUAAAACUGGCUUUCGAUCAUGCAACAUUAUAUAUAGUAUACUUAUAGUUACUAUACUGCCAUCCAUUUUUUUAAAUUAGUAUGCGUCGUUUGGUUCUGGUUUAUACAGUCGAAGGGGCCUCCAUUCAAACGUCACUGCAUACUUUGUGCUUGGAUGGAUUUGGUGGAGUAUUGUUCAGUACUAUACUGUAUUUGUUUUGAUGCUUCAGUUUUAAUCCGGAACUGUAGGUGGCGGUAUAAAGUUUAUCAUUGCCUGAAAUGUCACAUGACAAGCGGGACGAAGAAGGCAGCUUCCACAGCCAGCAUAAUACGAAAAUGGACACCCGGUUCACUCGAGGAAAAUCCACCAUCUUGGAGCGGCCCUUGACUAGACCCAAGACUGAAGUCAGCGUCAGUGCGUUUGCAUUACUGUUCUCAGAGAUGGUCCAGUACUGCCAGAGUCGAGUGUACUCGGUUUCGGAACUCCAGACACGUCUGGCUGACAUGGGCCAGAGUGUUGGAGCUGGCAUGCUGGAUGUGCUGGUGCUGAGGGAGAAGAAUGGGAAGAGAGAAACAAAAGUGCUCAACAUGCUGCUCUUCAUCAAGGUGAAUGUAUGGAAGUCUUUGUUUGGGAAAGAGGCUGACAAAUUGGAGCAGGCCAAUGAUGAUGACAAGACUUACUACAUCAUCGAAAAGGAGCCCCUCAUCAAUGCUUACAUCUCUGUGCCCAAAGAGAACAGUAGCUUAAACUGUGCUGCCUUCACUGCUGGCAUCGUGGAGGCCAUCCUCACACACAGUGGCUUCCCCGCCAAGGUCACUGCCCACUGGCACAAGGGCACCACGCUCAUGAUCAAGUUUAAUGAGUCGGUCAUAGUCCGGGACAAGGCUUUAGAUGGCAGAUAAGGACAGCAGGAGAAACUAGGGAGGGUGUUUAUGUUUGUCGAUGCAGGAUAACAACAAACAACUGAAUUCUGCACAGUCUUACAGUUACUUCUUUCUUUCGGAGUAACUGCAAGAUCAAUUCCUGUUUUACUUUGUGACUGUACAAGAGACUGUGUAGCCUGUUUCCCACUGGCCAUCUAAGAUGACAUUUUCCCAGCUCACCGUCCUAUGUGUUGAGGUGCCAAUGUGGGACGGGAGUUGAAGCGGACCAGAGUUUUUGUAUCGGAGGCGUAACUGAGGUGUAACACUGCUCGCUAGCCACCAGAGCUUGAAGUUUACUGCCGACAACUCAUUGUGUACAGGUCUUUGUUGGAAGCACCUGCUGUUGUCACACUGAUGUAUACGACAUGGGUAUGGAAUGACGCCGCAUGUCCUGUUUCGACAAGUUUUGCCUGAGAGGCACAGGCUAAUAAACCCUGGCUGUACGGUUUUGCCUGAUUCGCUAAUUUAGACAGAGUGCAACGUGAAAAUGGCUUGCGGGAUGCACGGACAGCAUCAUAAACAGAAAAUAUCCAUUUUAGUUACGUUUUCUAAGUCUUCAUCAUGUCCUAUUGUACAUUAUGAAGUAACACUUAAUGAGGGAAAUUCCAGUUUGUACCAUAUACGAUUACUCUUGUUUUUAUUGUUUCAACACUGUGUUGUAUUUGUCAAUAUAAUGUAAAUAUGUGAGGUAUUUCACUGAAGCAGCUUAUUUACUUUACAGUACUUGAUGAAGGCCCUGUCCAAUCGCUUAUGGCUCACACAAUUAAAUACAAUAUUCCUCCUGAAGAAAGUAAAGACACGUGUUGUCAUCGA